AUGGCUACGCGAGUGCCUCUCGGACAGCCCAUCUACCGCGUAGGUCAAGAAAAUCCUCCCCGAAAGGGCCAGAUCGACUAUGGAAUCUUGCAAACCUCUAGGGCAAGGCCGGCCCUCCCGCCACCAACAACUCCACAGAAGGAUCGUUGCCACACAUCUAGUGAACGCCCUAGCCGACUAGAGCGCAGCCUGGUCACUCUUAUUAAAGAGUCGAUGCAAGCCAUUCAGGCAAGCUGCUCUCUAUGGAACUGCAGUACUCGCGGACUUCGCUACUACUGCCAAUACCUCAGCAAAGCCAUGGAACAAGAAGAUCAGGGACGACAGAGUCCAGCAUACAAAUCCCGGACCUCGAGGCAGCGACCGGGUACAGCUUGUUCAGAGUGUAGGCGGCGAAAGCUUCGAUGUGACGGAGUGCGGCCGAGGUGCCGUGUGUGUGCUCAAUCCAAUGUGGAAUGCGAGAUUGUCACAGACAAGGCCCCGAGGGGUCCCAAAAAGGGAUACCUUCAGGCACUGAAGACUAGAAUUGCGCUACUUGAGAGUAAACUUGCAUUUCAUGAUCCCGCAUGCGACAUUUUCGACGACAUCUCAAGCGAGAGGGGCGCAUCAGCCUCGACAGCUAUGAGCCCGACUGUGGUUCCGAGCUCUCGUGGACCGGACCUCCUUUCACAGUAUUCGUGUAAUAUGUUUGCCUCGAACAACAUUAUACCACUGGAUCUUGGUAUUUAUUUUCCAGCCGAUACUCAGUCGAGCCACUCACAAACCCACACCGCCAGCAUUACACCGCCUGGCAGCUCAGAAAGCUUCGCUUUCAGUCCCGUGGCUAUGGAAUCGGUUGGAGAUGUUGACUUCACAUACUGGCAGCAGGCGGAACUUGACCAACUGUAUUUCGACCGUGUCCAGUCAUCUGUGCCGGUGCUCCAUCAACGUCGCUACCUUUCGUGGUCGAGGCAAGAUGGAAAAUCAGUAGCGCAAACAGCUCUGCAAUAUGCCGUUUGGAUGCUGGCAGCUUUGGUGUCGCCGCAGAGCCAUACUCUCUACGAGAGGCUCUAUGACGCAGCGAAAAGACACGUCGAAAUAUCCACUAAAUCGAGCGAUGCCAAUAUCAACACGCCCCAAGAUAUUGAACUUGUGCAAGCAAUCAUCUUACUAUCUACUUACGAGUCUAUGAGGGGAUUUUACGACAUGGCGUGGAUGAGCGCUGGCAGAGCGCUUCGUAUGGUGCAGGCUAUGGGAUUGAACAAAGUGGAUGGAGCGGCGCAGAAUCCAUUCCUUGAUCAGCAGGAUUUUAUUGAGAAGGAAGAGUUGCGUCGGACAUUCUGGAUGACAUACUUGCUGAAUAACAUGUUUGCGAUUCGAGGCAACUGGCCAGCGGCCCUACGACACAACAUGAUUCAAACCAGACUACCGAUGCCGGAGUCUGACUUCCAAAAUGAGCAGCCAGCCCAGACAGAUUUCUUGAUGGAUGCAAUCCUGGAGCCGAUCCCACAAACACGGUCGCCAUUCAGCGAGAGUAUAAUAUUUGCGACAAUCUGUUCCCAGAGCCACAUGGAGUCCCGUUCAAAUGGCCUGGAAAUACCAAAGGAAUACAUGCCAUCGAGCUGGGGUUAUCGGCAAGAUUCCAUGGCCGGAGGUUCUCCUCGAAUGCGUCUUCUUUGGCACUACGAUCCACCCCCAGCAAGUAGUCCCGAUCCGAUGCUGAUUCUCGCGAAUUUGCUGGCGCAACUGUCUGUCAUCUUAUUGUACCGCCGGUUCAGCCAAUCUUGCAUGAGGGAUUCUUCGAUUUCUGCGCAGAAAUGGAUCGAUUGUCAAAAUCGUGCUCUCGUCGCUGCAGAACGCAUCGUGGACGUUGUUGCGGAACUGACAAACUUGCAUUAUUCCCAGGUUCAUCCACUGCUUCCGAUCAUCAUGCGUCUUAAUGCGGACUUUCUCGCCGCCAAUGUGACGGCGGUGGCAGCGCAGCGGUGCCUGAAAAGAUACAUGUACGAGUUGGGCAGCCUUUGCACUUUUUACGGCGCAAACACAAACUACUUGGAGUUCCUGGGCAUGUCAAAUUUCCUGGACGAUUUGGCCAUGGCAACAGCAUAA